CUUGAUUUCGAAAGUUUAAUGCCAAGACCUCGAAAUUUUGCUACGUGACGAGGCACGUGUUCCAAAGGGAUUAUCGGAGCUCACGAAGUUGCUGCACGGUGGAGCUUGGCCAAGCACCUCACUUCGGAGCGCCACUGAUUUCAAAGCAAUUGUACGGAAAAUGGCUGUCAACACCCCUUUCCAGACCGUUUUCGCGGUACCCAUGACAUGUGACAGCUGCGUCAAGGAUGUGUCAGAGUCUUUACACAAGCUCAAGGGUAUCACCAAGGUGGAGGCCAACCUCCAGAACCAGUUAGUCUCAAUUGAAGGAACAGCGCCACCAUCUGCAAUUGUCGGAGCCAUUGAGGCCACAGGCAGAGACGCCAUCUUGCGAGGGUCAGGGGCUUCAAACAGUGCCGCGGUCAGUAUUCUCGAGACAUUUCAUCGUCCAGACGGGGACCAGUCGUCUGUGGCACCUGUUGAGGGAGACGAUGACAGCGAUAGAGAUGUCAAGGGCUUGGCACGGAUGGUUCAGGUGUCGCCUACGGUGACCCUGGUGGACCUCACGCUGCGCGGCGUAACCCCGGGCACAUACCGGGCAACGAUCCGGGAAUACGGCGAUCUCAAGGACGGGGCGUCGUCGACGGGGCCCGUGUGGGCUGGGGAAGCGGCUGCAACCAAGCCUCGAGGAUUUCUAGGGACCGUCGCGGUUGGGAAGGAUGGGAGGGGAAGCGCUUUCCUCGACAGCCCCUUCAAGGUGUGGGAGGUUAUCGGUCACGCCAUGGUUGUUUCCAAACAGGACGAGAGCGAUGGUUCGCCAUUGAAGAACGACGAGGAUACUGUGCUUGGCGUGGUUGCACGAAGUGCGGGCAUGUGGGAUAAUGACAAGACUGUCUGCUCGUGCACAGGCAAGACGUUAUGGGAAGAGAGGAAGGAUGAGGUGAGGAAGGGAAUGCUCUGAGAGGAGUUGGAUACCGGACGCCACUGUGUCACCUCUGAGGUCCAAGAGCCAGAUAUGUAUUCCCAAGAAUAUUCUCUCGUUAAGGCAACUUGCAGAAGGUCAUUGACCAUCAAGGUAUCGAGAUGGAAGUAUGGGAGGUUGAUCCUCAGCUUGCCACCUAACUAACCCCCCAACCACGAUCGCUCCCUGAACGCUCGUCGGACAGGCCUAGUAAUGGACGUGGGUGUUGAAUUAAGUCUCCG